AUUGUUUGGUAUCAGCUUCAGAGUAAAGCAUUUGGUUUCGUUUCCUUGUUGCAGUGAAGUGGAGAAGAGCAGAAAGUUCAUUCUUGUGUUUAUGCUGCCGAUAGAGGGAGGCUGGAGGCAGAAUGUCCGACCGAGAGGGAAUUUUGGACAUGAUCUGCAUUGAUAGCUGGGAACUGGAGGAAGGGGAGAUUGAGGAAAAUGAGGAGAAAAGCACAGAGACCAUAACAGGGUGCAGUGAGGAGAGACAGAGAGAAAAGGGAGAGGAGACAAGGGAAGAGACAAAGAGAGAAAUAAAAAGAGAGAAGUGUUUAGAGGAGGAGAGGCAAGAGAUUGAUAGGAAAAAAGAGAAGGGCUCAGAGGAUGACAAGCAAGAGAGAGAAAGGAAAAGAGAGAAGUUCUCAAAAGAGGAGAGGAAACAGAUUGAAAGGAAAAGAGUGAAGGGCUCGGAGGAUGAAAGGCAAGAGAGAAAAAGGAAAAGAGAGGAGGAGACGCAGGAGAAAGAAAAGAAAAGAGAGAAGUGCUCAGAGGAGGAGACACAGGAGAGAGAAAAGAAAAGAGAGAAGCCCUCAGAGGAGGGAAAGCAAGAGAGAAAAAGGGACCAUAAAAAGAGAAAGAGGAAUGAUAGCAACAAAGAUAAACAUAGGACCAACUGCAAGAGGCGAAAGCACCAUCAUUCCUCAGACGGCCAUACCAGCAGAAAGGCAAAUGGGAACAAGGAGAUGGCCGCUCAGGUCCAAAAACGAAUCUGCUCCGCCGGGGGCAACCUAGGGAUGGAGAAGCUCUGCAGCAGCUUAGGUCUGAGUGUGGAGCAGGCAGAGAGUUUUGUGGCUGAGGAAGAAGGGAACAGUGUGAUGAUGAGGAUGGAGGGGGGAGAGAAAAUGUUGGUGACCCGAAGUGCCCUGCGCGUCUGCACCGAUAAAAUGCAGGAAUGUGAGGGGGACUGUGGGAAACUGCACCUGUGCCGGUACCACGUGUUGGACAGCUGCACCAGAACCCCUUGCAACUUUAGUCAUGAAAUUACAAGUGGUCAGAAUCUGAGGGUGCUACAGGGGUACCACCUCGAGGCGCUGGAUAUAGAGGAACUGCGGCACCUUCUGCUCCAGAAUGAUCCAAGUUUUCUGCCUGAGAUCUGCAAGCAUUAUAAUUGCGGUAACGGGCUCUACGGAGCCUGCAAUUUCCAGACGGAUUGCCAGAAGCUCCAUAUUUGCCAGUAUUACCUGAAGGGGGAAUGCCGAUAUCAGUUCCGCUGCAAGAGAUCCCAUCACCUUCAGGGCCUAGACACGUUGAGCAAACUCAAGAAAUGGGGAAUGGGCGACAGAUGGCUCACCAGCCUCGAGCAAAUUUACAGGAAUGCCAGCGUGCUCAGGGACAUCCAGCUGUCUGUCCCCAAAAAAAGGCCAAUGCCUGUGGCUAAGAAAAGGUCGUUGCCUGUGGCUAAGAAAGAGGUCCCAUUUGCCGGCUCCACUGACCAGUCUCCUAACACCCUCGACCAAUCGGAGGAGAUCUGUCUCUACUACAUAAGGAAAAACUGCAUUUUUAAAGACAAGUGCAUGAAGGAUCACUAUCACUUACCGUACAGAUGGCAGGUACAAAGGGCAGGAGGUUGGGAAGAUAUGGACGACAUGGAGUCUAUCGAAGAGGCCUACUGCAAUAUCAGCAGUGUGUCUGACUGUUUGCUUAGAUAUCAUCUAUUCAAGCCCUGGGCAGUGGACCUGAAUUUUGAUGCCAUGAUCUACAAAUCCUGCAAAGUGAGGCGCCUCUCCACUCCGUCUUUGGCGUCAAAACCGCCCCAUUAUAUACUCACCACCGAUUGGCUUUGGUACUGGAAGGAUGAAUAUAACAGGUGGAACGAGUAUGGGAAGCAGGGCAGCAGCAGCACGCAGGCGGUUUCUGAUAUCUGCAGCAGCGACAUGGAAAAAGCAUUUUUGUUGGAUAAAAAUGCAACAAUAAACUUCAAAGCAGGGAGCCAAACCUAUGAGCUGCGUCUAAAAGACAUGGUGCAGAAGAACUUGGGGUCCAGCACAGAAAGGAAGGUUUGCCGGAGGCCAAAAUUUGUCUCGAAAGAGGAAGUGAAGAACAAAAAAUCUGGGAAAACUAAAUCUCAGGCAGAAACAACACUCAUCCCCUCUCACUGGGACACAGAUCAGCUGCCAGACCUGGGAUUCAAGCUGGUCAAACUGGACUCAACGUCGGCCGAAUACACGAAAGUGAAGGAUUUAUUCCACAAUACCCUUCGAACAGUGUCGAUUCUCAGCAUCGAGCGCAUUCAGAACCUUUCCCUGUGGGAGGUCUUCCUAUGGCAGAGAGAGCAGAUGAAGAAGCAAAAUGGGGGUAAAGACGUAGAGGAGCGGCAGUUAUUCCAUGGUACCAGUGAUACAUUCAUUGAUGCCAUCUGCCAACAGAAUUUUGACUGGCGUAUCUGCGGGGCGCAUGGUACCAUGUAUGGGAAAGGCAGUUACUUUGCCCGAGAGGCCUCCUACUCUCACACAUACACCAACUACAGAGUCAAUCAGUCCCGGGUUAUGUUCUUGGCCCGUGUUCUUGUUGGGGAUUUUACAGCUGGAAACCCUUCGCAUCUACGUCCGCCGGCCAAGAACCCCCUGACUCCUUCCUGCUUCUACGACAGCUGCGUGGAUUCCAUAUCCUGCCCCUCGAUUUUUGUUAUUUUUGAGAAGCAUCAGAUUUACCCAGAAUAUCUCAUCAAAUACCUGUAGCCUCACUGGCACCUCUCUAAAUCACCAACUGCCUGCUGACCUGACUGAAACCAAGAUGGCUGAAAGCAACGCAACCGGUUCCAGCUUCUUCCGACAUUAAACUCUCCAAAACCAA